UGCCUCCCAAAACAAAACAAACUUGCGCCUUCUACGUUCGAUUAUUACUAUAUUUUUAUUUCAGUCAACCCAUCUCUUGCACCUGACUGCUCUAACUGUGCAUUUUGACGAUUUUGACACAGAAACCUGAGCAAUGGGCUGAACCUGUCAAUUUAUCUAUAUUAAAGGUUUUGAGGAUGUCGUCAGGUGGAUCAGGCACUCCUACUCAGCUGGGUCCCUCCAAGUCGCCCUUCCUCACCUCUUGCCGUCGCAUGGGACUCAAGAGACGUUCCAGCAUCGGAACACCCUUGAUUAACAAAGCCCCCAGUCCUGAAGAUGCACCCUGUGCGAAGAAGGCAACUGAAACUCAUGAGAACGCAACUCCAAAGCGAACUGUCCCUCGCAGGAGUAGAGGACUUUGCGUCACCAGAGUUGAGAGGCCUUCAGAUGCUCACAAAAAUGAAGUCAAACCAAGUGAAAAUGAGGACAAACGCGCUUUGGAUGAACUGGAGGAAUCUGUGUUGAAGAAAAAGGAGUUUAUUGAACUUUUGAAAAAAGGAGUUCACCCUUUGCAGAUUGAGAAAGAUAGACUGACUACCUUGACGUCCCUUUGGAGGAAUGGAUGCCAACAGGCUCUGCAAGACCUGCUUGAAACGUUGCACAAGAAUUCCGAGCAGGCUAACAAGUUGCUCACUAUGAAGAUACUAAUUUCCAAUUUGGAUAUUCCACACGAAUUAAUCAAUUUUGAUCCAGACAAGGAAGAGUUCUACUGAUCUCUGUCUGAUCUAUAAUUAAUUUCGGGUAACAGUGGGUCCAUUCCAAUUACAACGCAGUCUCAAGGAUGGCUAUUUCAGUCAAUUCACCAUCCGAAAAAUUAAUUGAAUAAAAUUGGCAAAAGCCCCUUGUUGUUUGAAGCCGUUAAUAGAUGGCACCAGCAGUUACUUUUGAUUUUAAUGCACUUCCGCUAAGAUUUUAAGCUAGCCUGCUACUAUGUGCAUUCUUCUCUUGAAAUUAUUUCUUUUAAUGCGUUUGAAACUAAAAUCAGUCCAUAGAAAUGUCUGGGAAGAUUUUUUACUUCAAAAUAUUGUUUUUCACGAUUCUAAGGCGAUUUGCUGGAAUUUUUGUCAUGAAAUCAUAAAAAGAAAUCGUUUUAUUUUAAGGGCUGAUUGCACAGCAGCAGGAAAAAAAUAAAAAAUCCCAAUGGAAGUGCCUUAAAACUGAAAGAUUGCGGUGUGAACGUGAACACAAAGAAGCUUUCGCAAAUAUUCCAAUUUUUAUUUUUUUAUCACAUAUGUCUAUGAAUUAUCUCGUAGAAAAUUGCUCGAAACUUCAAUUCGGUUGUUUUCAUUGUAUAAUGCCAUAGUGCCAGCUGAUUAAAUUAUGUUCUCUAACGAAUUUUAA